AAAAUGUCAUUUAAAAAGCCAAAAGGUAAAUUUUUCGAUUCUGUCAGCGACAGCACAAUUGACUUGCAACAAUUAAAUAUUUCUGACAAUAAUAUUACAUCAGAAGAUACUAACAGUGAACAAACAAAAAUAGCUGAAACAGACAGAACAAUAUUAGAAACAAAUGGAGGAGUAUUAUCUCCAACACCUUCUCAAUUUAAAAUUUUAACAAUAGAGGGAAAUGGAAAUAAAAAGCCUAUUAAAUCUUCAAAUAAUUCAAAUGAUGAGGAUGAUGAUUGUUGGAAUAAUCCAAUGUUGAUAAUAGAAACAUUCCAAAUAAUUUGUAAAGAAUUUAUUAUUAAAUAUAAACAAGUUUUGAAUGGAAUUGUUAAACUUGGAAUUUUGUUGGGUUAUCAUUUAUUUUUAGGUAAUUAA